GAGGAAAUUCGUGCUUUUCCUUCGCGGCGGGUGCUUCCCGGAGCCCCCCCCAAAACACACAUCCACACCCUCCCCCCCGUCCCAAAAAAUAAAUAAAAAUAAAAGACUUGGUUAUUAUACCGGCGGCCUCCAAGCAAGCAUUUCACCUCAAACUUCAGCCUUAACCCGUAACCAAGAAGCCUUUCGGGACUCCUCCAGCCGUCAUGAUGCAGAUCAGCAGCGACGCCGGCGGCAACAAGCACUCCCUCAUCAACGUCAUGCACCGCUUCAUGGCGGCGGCCAACAACAUGGACGAGACCAUCAUGGUGCCGAGCCUGCUGCGGGACAUGCCGCUGGAGGAGCAGGCGGCCGGGCGGAUCGAACCCAAUAACAACAACAACAACAACCACCUCCACGAGGACGCCAGCAAGCAGCAGCGGGACAUGUACGAGCACUACCUGCUCCUCAAGUCCAUCAAGAACGACAUGGAGUGGGGCCUCCUCAAGCGGGAGCUGAGCACCGGCGCCAGCUUCCUGGAGAUGGCCGUCAAGCAGCAGGAGGAGCACAAGGCCGCGAGCGGGGCGCCGGACCCGGACGACAACGCCGACCUGGAGCGCCAGUUCCACUUCCACCUGCGCGGACUCUUUGGGGUUCUGUCCAAGCUCACCCUGCAGGCGGACCACCUCACCAACCGGUACAAGCGGGAGAUCGGAGGCGGAAACUUCAUCAGAUAGAAGCCCCGCAGCCCCUUUCUUCGUUGGUUCGUUCGUGCGUCGUCUUUGCGCUUAUUUCCUCCCCCGACCCGGUGGGCUCGGCGUCCCUUGGGGAAGUCCUCUUCGGAACCGGUGACGCCUGUCGCACGUCGUUUUGUGUGCUUGGUGGAGGUUGAAGCCCGGCGACUCCUUUUUGUUUUUGUGCCCACUUUUGCGCGAAUAAAAGAUUCUGACUGUGUAGGAGUAAAA